GUGGAUACAUAUUUCAAAUAUUGUCAUGGUCAACCGUAUUCGAUGUUUCACGAGGAGACCUUCCGGUCAGACUUGUCUAGGAGCAUUCUACCUCCAUAUCUCAUACUUGCAAUUGUUGCCAGUACUCUUCGAUAUUCACAGGAUCCAUGCUACAAAGGCAGUCUAUGUUCAGCAUCCAAUGAAUUCGCAGCACAGGCCUGGCGUGCUAUCCUUGUGGAGUGCUUUGAAAGCGAGAGUGGCCCGGACUACCGUACGGUACAAGGAACCAUCCUCCUCGCCAUCCAUCAAUUCGUCGGAUGCAACUAUCGGACUGCGUGGAUUCGUAUUGGUAUGGCGAUUAGCAUUGCGCAGUCGCUAAACCUGAUGAGUGAGCCGCCCAAUUUGGCGAAUUCAACCCGAGAAGAGCACCGCAGGACACUGUGGUCAAUUUAUAUGUUGGAUAGAUUGGGCACUUGUGGUACAAGUCGUACUGGGCUAUUUCCAGAUUCGGCAUUGAGGCUUCGCCUCCCAUGCCCAGAAAAUACUUUCCGAGACUGUUUGCCGAACGAUUCACCAACACUAAAAGUUUUAAAUGAGAGUCCCGCAGAUCAGCUAGGUAAUGUUAGCGCCCUAGCCAGAGUUAUAUUGCUUACAUCAACUUUAAGCUGUAUUGCGGGUUUCUCCCUUCAGCAGAGCUGGCAAACCCAAAUAGAAUCACCGUGGACACACAACUCAGAAUACGCUAAACUGAUCACAAGACUAGACUCACUUUCAACUUACUUUGACAAACGUCAGGCAUUUGAUCCAACUAGCUGGAGCUCUGGUGGCCGCGAAGAUUCGAACGAAAUCGCGCUGUGCAUAUUCUCACACAUUCUUUAUCACCUCUGCUAUUGCAUAUUACAACACCCGUUCGUAUUAAAACGGCGACACGGCCCGAAUGAUGCUCCAUUUCCAAGCGACUUUCUCUCUAAUAGCCUCCAAAAUAAUUGGCAACACGCGCAAGAUCUCACUCAUACCCUGUCAUAUGCCACUCAGAAAAAGAUGCCCACCUGGUCUUCGUUCUACGCCUACUGCUCGCUUGUGGCAGGGACAAUCAACUGUCUCCACUGUCUUUCGGCGGAAGAAAGCAUCCAGAAAAUGUCAGAAUUGGCCGUUCAGAUGAGCUUUUUGUUUCUGGAC